UAAACCAGGCAGGCAGGCAUCUCUGAAACGUUUGAUUCCUUAUUCUCUCGAAACCCAACUCAUUUCCAACACGGAAUUAAAAGCUCUUCAAAAAUAGAUUUUCAAUCUCAUCACAAAUUCACCACCGUUGAGAAAAUUCAGACGAAUCACAAACUCGGAGAAUCCUUUCAUGGCGGAUUCCUCUUCAUCCAACUCUUUGUCAGGCAAAGAGUUUGAGGCAGUUUUGCAUAAAGACAAACACGAGAAUCGCCGAAAUAAGGAAACACAUGGAUUGCGCGAAGAUAUUGAUGCGAAUACCCCAAUGAGUGAUGUGAAAGCCCCAAAUGUUUUCGAGAGAGCAAAGGAGGAAAUCGAAGCCCUUGUUGAGGCAAUUCAUCCUAAAAAGGAGUCGGCGAAAAGUUCGAAAUCCGAGAAAUCGGAGCCGUAUUCAGAAAAGGAUGCGAAGGCAGCAAACAAAACUGUAAAGGCUAAGGAAGAGAUUGAAACAGUUGGACACAAACCAAAUCAUCGUAAAGAAACUCAUGGAAUGAGUUUCGACAUUGAUGAAGACACACCAAUCAGUGAAGUGAAAGGUCCCAAUGUGUUUGAAAGAGCCAAGGAAGAAAUCGAAGCCCUAAUUCAGACAAUACAUCCUAAGAAGGAUUCUGCACCGAAGAAGGAAGGUAGUUUUUCGGCAUCUGUCGGAAAACGAUUGGAAAAGAUAUGCUCUCCUCGAGGUCAUAACAAGGACUGACUCUAAAAUUCAUCUUUCUGUUUUUUUCGAUUUUUUUUUGGGGGGAGGAACUGCAUUGUAUGAAGCUCAUAAUAGUUUCUCUCACUGUUAAAACUGUAUAAAUAUUGGGAAAUACAUGUAUCGUGUAUGUAAGAUUCUUCAUUGUACUUGCAAUUCGUUUACCAAGACACGAAUACGCAUACAGA